AUGAGGAAUGGUUUCUUAAGCAGGCCUCUGCCACUAACCUCAUCUCUGGAUAGUCCUGUGAUUCAGUAUGCUGAUGACACCCUACUUAUUUUGCCUGCUAAUGAAGGUCAGCUGUUGCUCCUGAAGAAUCUGCUGAUCGACGUUGGUAAUGCAACUGGGCUGAAGACAUCACCGCCGUCUCACCGUGGCAAACAAAACGGGACCAACAGGAUCAAGGAGAACCAGCCGAGAACGAGAGACAGCAGGUCGGCAGACACGCUGGAGGGCCCCGCCUCCACCGCCGCCUGCGAGCACCGGCCGGACGCAUCGACAGGAGCAAACCAGGCCCACCUGGCCCGGCCGAACCAGAGGGGGUUCGUGAAGCUCCCGUCCGCGCUCUGCAGUACACGUGCCACCAGCACCGCUGCACCCAGCCCAAGACGUUUCCUCUCACCGCCGGAAGCAGCAGGGGCAGAACCCGGCCCGCCUGGACCCAGAUGGGCCCCGAAGGGCCCAGAUCUGGGCCAGGCAGGCGCCAGCCCUAGCCAUCCCGCCGCCCCGCAACCAAGCGGUUGCUGCUGCCGUCGUCCCCGCCACCCGACGUCGCGCCGCCCCGGGAUGCGCCGCCGCGCCACCCAGGGAAGACCCUCACCGCCGGAGCCGAAGCCGACACUGAGCGCACCGCCACCGACCGAGGAGACCCCGUGUCUCCCCUCCACGCGCGCGGGAAAGGCUGCUCCGCCGCCGCCGGCACCGCACGGGGCUUUGCCCGACGGCUCUGCGCCGACGGCGGCGGCCGUGGAGGCCGGAGGAGGAGGGCGAGGGGGCGCUAGAGUGCUGGGGGCCCUCCUGCCGCCCGCGGGGAGCGGCAGCAAGGGCCGGGGGAGAGGAGGGGGUGGGGGUGGGGGUCGGGCCGGAGGCGAGGACGGCCUGGCGGCGGAGGCGCGACGGGGCGGAGCGGAACCCUAG